UUGGCUAAACAUAUCCAUUCUAGAGCACUAUCGAGAUCUAAGGAUGUUCUGUGGGCAGGUCGCCAGAACGGUCUAAGAAGCAAUGUAAAAUCUGUUAUUAUUGUCUACGCUAGUGAUUAUAGGGACGGUCAUUUCAACGAUGCCAAAGAGGUAGCAGAAGAGAUUAAAGUCAAUGGAACUAACAUCAUCGUCAUUGGCUUUGAUCAAGGAGGGAGGUCAAAAAAUCUGGAAAGGAUGAGCGAGAUUGCAACUCCGGGAUACUACUACGAUAGCAAAGUGCAUGAAUUAGCUAAUAAAAUACAAAGUUCGCUAUGUGAAGUUAAUUGUUUCUGCAAAAAUGGUUGGGUGCAAUACACCGAAAACACGGGAAGCGCAGUAAAAAAAUAUGGAGUAUGUCUGAAAAUAGGUGAGGAAAAAGUGAACUGGAUGUUAGCGAAGAGUGAGUGCUCCAAGAUGGAUCACGGAAGAAGCUAUCUCGCUAGCGAGCUCGCGGAUUCGAAGCAUAACUUCAUUGCACAAAUGCUAUAUAACACUGGGUCAGAAGUUCCGAAUACAUAUUAUAAUGGUUUAUAUUACAACAGAAAGUUGCAGCAGUAUUGCUGGGAGCAACCUACAGGCUCAAAACCUCUUCAGGUUUUACUAAUGGCUAAAUUGAUAUAUUCCAUCACAAAACAACGAAAUACUGAUUGCAGUUGGGAAGAGGAAGUUUUGUGA